AUGGUCGUGCUGGAGUUUGCCGCGGCGGCGAACGCGGAGAAGCCCACGCUGCCUACGUUUUCCAGCGCGCCCUUCUUUUACGAUCGGACAAAGACGGGGAGUGACGGCGCGCCGGAGCUGACACAAGGCGCGCUGCUCGCAGACGCAAAACAUACGCAGGCGCACACCAAUCCGAGCGUGUCGUACUACUUUCCGGUGGGCGUCAGCGACUAUCACUAUGGGGAACGCCACCCGAUGAAACCGGCGCGCCUUGCGCUCACGAAUCGGCUCGUGCACGGAUACGGGCUGCACAAGUAUAUGGACGUGUAUUCCCCGCGUUGGGCGACGCGCGAAGAGCUCGAAAUGUUUCACGAUAGCGACUAUGUCGACUUUUUGAGCACGGUCAAUCCUUCCACACCGCUCUCGGCCGCAUUUACGCGCUUCAACUUUGCCGAUGACUGCCCGGUGUUUGACGGAAUGUACGACUUUUGCCGGGCGUACUCGGGCGCGUCGCUCGCCGCGGCACGGCGCCUCGCCGCGGGCACGACCGACGUCGCGAUCAACUGGACCGGUGGUCUGCACCACGCGAAAAAGUUUGAGGCGAGCGGAUUCUGCUACAUCAACGACAUCGUCCUCGCGAUUCUGGAAUUGCUGCGGACGUAUCCACGUGUCUUGUACAUCGACAUCGAUAUCCACCACGGCGACGGCGUCCAGGAAGCAUUCUACACGUCGAACCGUGUCCUGACCGUCUCGUUCCACAAGUACGGCAACGACUUUUUUCCGUGCACGGGCGACAUCUCGGAAGUGGGCAUCGGACUCGGGAAGCACUUUUGCCUGAAUGUGCCGCUCCAGGACGGAAUCGACGACAGCGCCUAUGUCUCGCUGUUCAAGAGUGUGAUUGAGCCGUGUAUCUACACGUUCCGCCCGGGCGCGAUUGUGCUGCAGUGCGGCGCAGACUCGCUCGGCCUCGAUCGCUUGGGAUGUUUUAAUUUGAGUAUCGCGGGACACGGCGAGUGCGUCGCGUUUACCAAGGCGUUUGGUAUCCCGCUGCUUGUCUUGGGCGGUGGCGGAUAUACGAUUCGCAACGUUGCACGAUGCUGGACGUACGAGACGUCGGUCCUCACAGGGACGCAAGUGCCGGACGACCUGCCGAAUACGCCGUACGAUGCCUUUUUUGCGCCGACACACCGUCUCCAUGAGCCUCUGUUGGCGCGUGUCGAGAACCAAAACCCGCGGUCCAGCUUGGAACGCAUCCGCGUCCAGAUCUUGGAACAGCUCCGCUACAUGCACGGCGCACCUAGCGUGCAGAUGCACGAACUCCCGCCGGACUUGGCCGGAGGGUGGGUCGAUGAGCCCGUCAAGGAAGAAGAGUAG